UCCUUCUCGUCCUCCUCCUCCUCCCUGCUCCAAUUCAUCCACUGCUGCACUUGUUCGACCUGAGGCUCCACCGCCUGUGUCCUCGUCUGUGAAAGAAGCGUCUGUGUCAGGACUUUAGUCAUAUUUUAAAGAGUCUAAUGUUCCACCAAGUCUUUAUUUCAACGCCAGUGCUGUGUAAAUCGUCCCUGUCCUGGCAGUAAAUGGCCAGCCUCCCGCCUUCAUCUGACCAGGCAUGACCGUCACCCCCAAAAAGUCCAGUCCUCAUCCUUCUUCCUCUUCAUGUGACAUAAGUUCCAGAUCUGGUGGAGCACUGAUGGAUGAAGUAGAUGGCCUGAGAUCGAAGAUUUCCUCGGAGGACUCUCUGCCCGUGUCGUCCACCUUGGCUGAGCCCAUCAACCUAGAAGAUCCUCACUAUGCUCGUCUGCGAGGGGAGCUGGAGUUCGAUGCCCAUAACCUGGAGGCAGAGUCCUGGAGUGUGGCUGUGGAUCAGAGCUACCUGAAGGCCCUGAACAAAGAGGCUAUAAAAAGACAGGACGUCAUUUAUGAGUUGAUGCAGACAGAGAUGCACCACGUCCGCACCCUGAAAAUCCUCCUCUGCGUCUACAUGCACGAGGUGAGACAGUUUCACCUCUUUGAGGAAGCCAGACUGGAGUGGCUUUUCCCCAGCGUGGAAGCCCUGCUCACCCUCCAUCAGCACUUCCUCAACUGUCUGAAAGUGAGACUCAACCAGAGUCAGGAGGACGGAGGUCCAGACAGCUACCAGAUCUCACAGUUAGGAGACAUCCUCCUCUCUCAGUUUUCAGACGCUCUGGGGGAAAAGAUGAUGGAGUGUUACAGUGUUUUCUGCAGCCGACACAACGAAGCCAUCAGCUUCUACAAAGAGCAGAUGCAGAGCAACAAAAAGCUGCAAAUUCUUAUGAGAAAAGUAGGUCAACUUCCUUUAGUGCGGAGGCUGGGAAUCCCUGAGUGUUUCCUCCUUGUGACUCAGCGUAUCACCAAGUAUCCCGUCCUGGUGGAGAGAAUCAUACAGAACACUGGAGCUGAGACAGAAGAUUAUAAGUCCCUGGUUCAGGGUUUGGCACAGAUUAAAGAAACCAUCUCGCUGGUGGACGCUCAAGUCCACGAAUAUGAAAAAGCCGUCCGGUUGAGAGAAAUCAUAUUCCGACUGGACCCGAAAUCUCAGGGCAGGCUGAAGCAUGGCCAGCUGUUCCGCAGAGAGGAUUUAAUGAACAGAGAUACGAUGCUGCUGCACGAAGGCACCGUCACCUGGAAGACCUCCGGGAAACAGAAAGACAUCCAGGCUGUGCUGUUGACAGACAUGCUUCUUCUUCUACAAGAGAAGGAUCAGAAGUUUGUCUUUGCUGCUGUGGACAACAAACCAUCGGUCAUUUCACUCCAAGGCCUGAUAGUGAGGGAAGUGGCCCAUGAAGACAGAGCCAUGUUCCUCAUCAGCGUGGGCAGCUCCACUCUGCCAGAGAUGUACGAGAUCCACACAGGCUCCAGAGAUGAACGCAUCACCUGGAUGGCUUUCAUACGAGAAGCUGUGGAAAGCUUUCCACAUGAGGAGAUGCACCGUGAACUUGUGGUGAAACUGCAGCAGUGUCAAGAUGCAUUAAAGGAGAGAGACGGGCAUAUCAUCCAGAACCUGACGGAGAAACAGCAAAUCUUUGCCAUUCUUUACGAGAAUGUGACAGAACAGGAAACGCCACACAAAGGACUGCUGCUCAGAGGAGAGGCUACUGACCUCCAGCAGGGGGAGACACUGCUGAAGGGUGCUAUCAAUGAGGUUGAAAACCUGCAAAACCUCCUCUUCUCAAGAAUCAAAAUCCCCAACCUCACAGUGGAUGAGAGUGAGCUGCAGGGUGGGCUGCACAGGCAGAGUGUGGACCUGGAAGAGGACGACAAGGACUCCAACAAAGGUGGAGACGAGGAGGGUGGCAGCAGCGAGGACAGGUCAGCUCAGGAGUCGUACUACUGUGAAGGCUUGGAACAGUCUGCUGACGAUGACACGCUGUCAGAGCCGAGCUGCAGUUUGGCUUCCAGUCAUGUUUCUGAGGCAGAGGUUUUCGACAGUGUCAUAAAGUUGUCACAGAUGCUCCACAGCUUACAGGCGAUCAUCGUCCAGCAGGACAGUCAGAUUGAGCUGCAGCGCGCUUUUCAGUCCAACUGUCAGCAGCCCAGACGCCAUUACAGCAACAUGCUCCUUGAACAGGAGAAGCAGCGCAACUUGGAGAAGCAGAAGGAACAACUGGCCAAUUUGCACAAACUGCAGGCCCAGCACAGAGAGGAGCAGCAGCGCUGGGAGAAGGAGAGGGAGCGUCAGAGGAUACAGAUGGAGGCUCUGGAGGAGCAGCUGCAGCAGAGAGAGGAGGACUGCAGGAAGUGGGAAGAUAAACUGGGCGGCGAGAAGGGUGAGCUGGAGCAGCAGUGGGGAAGUUACCAACAAGAUCUGGAGAGGCUGAGGGAGUCCACGAAGUCCGUGGAGAAGGAGCGUGACCGCCUGACUCAGGAGAAGGAGCGUUUGGAACAGUUGCAGGAGAAGUUAAAAUUAAAGAUCCUGCAGCUUUCAAACCCUGGACAUUCGAACUACGAUGAUCCCUCACAUUACCAGAGUCCGUCCACUUACUCAUCAUUCAGGGGCAGCAUCAUAAAUGGAGGAGGGAAACAGACUGUCACCCUGAAGCCCAGCACCUUAUACUUCACCCCUACUGAUCCGACAGAAAUUCCUCCAAAGGUUCCACCACGCAGAGAGAGCAUCAACCCUCUGCCCCUCAAAGCUGAGCUGCCCAUCCAUCUGAUCAGCACCACCAACCAAGUGCACAAACCUCCCGUGGUACAGCAGCAGAUCCCAACCAAGCUGGCCACGCUGUCCAAAGGGAAGGAGAAAGGAGCGAGGAGCAAGGGCUCUCACCAGAGGACUCACAGCGCAGCGAAUAUUGAUGUGAACCAGGUGGUGCCGAUCAGAGUGAUGGGGAAGGAGGGCGGCAGCAUGAGAGCCAAGAGGAGCGGCAGUCCUCAGAAAGUCUAUCAGUCAGAGCCCGUCAGAGCAGCAGGAAGUAGCCACAGUGUGAGAACCACUCAGUCGUUCAGCGUCCAAAAGAAAACCAACAGUGACGCUCCUCCACCUGCACCACCUCCUUUCCCCAAAGAUGUUCUGGAAAAAGACAGAGAGAAGGUCAUUUUUCUGUGAUCACACACACAGCUCAGACUAGAGAAAGAAAAAAAAAAACGAAUGGAAUUUUACCCACAACACUCAGUGUUUGUGUGUUGGUACUGCACACGCACAGGAUCCAAAAAUUGAAACAAUGGACGAUGUUUUAUAAGGGUAAAAAUGUAUAAAUUAGAGUUGUUGUACAUUUGGGACAAAUGUGUUUUUUUUAAAGAUGUUCUUUAGCUUUUAAUGCUUUAAAGCCUUUUCUUUAAAGACAAUUUUAUCAUUUUAUUUAAAAUGACAGCAGGUAGUCUGGGAGCAUGAAGCCCUUGUUUCUUAAUGCUUUUCAGUUUAAUGGAUGUUGAAUGCAUCAUGAGGUAGGAAGUGACAGACUUAUUAGGUAUUCGUUAAAAAUAUGACAGGCCAAGAAACCUGUAUUGUAUGUGAAUGAAUCAGAUCCACCUGUACUGAGAGUGUACUUCAUGGUCUUUGUUCUGGUGGUAAAUUAAAAAAAUCACUAGAUGUAAAAAAUGUCUAUAUUUUAAUAGUGAAGACUGGUGUUGAACUGUGUAAAUAUUUUUCUUCUUCUGAAUUAAAUCAGCUUCAUUAUAAAACACUUAUUGAUUUUCAUUAACUUUCAUAAUGUCUUAGUAAAAAACACUACACAGAGAACUUCAAAUACAAUGCUUAAUUUAUUAUAUAGUGCCUCAGCAGCAGGUUUUAAAAAAUAAAAAAAAACACUUGGCAACACAACCCAAAUAAUAACUCAUCUCAAUAUCUCAGUUAAAACAUUCCUCUGUUCAAACAACAGGGGGCGCUCAACUACAGAAACCGACCUUUUUUUUCUUUUAAAACAGGUCUAAUGAAUAACGUCAGUCUUCACAGCUGUUUAAAGUCAGGUGUACGGCUGCAUGUGUACUGAUGCUGUGGUUUACGGUUUACAUUAUGACACUUUGUGUCAACAUCAGUAAAACAACAAUAUUUGGUACAAACACUCAUCACUCCCUGUUCACUAGUCAUUCUUGGAUGCAGCACAUCAUCAGUUGGUAUGUGUUAUGUUCAACUCCAACACCAGACAAUGGUGUGGCACCAGAAAUACAAAAAUAAAACUUUACAUAUCAAAAAUUAAAAUACAAGCAUGCAAAAAAUAUUUUUAAAAAAAUUAAAUAAAA